AUGGACGAAAAGAAAAACAAAGUUGCUAGAGCGGUUAUUUUUCAAGCGCUACCGGAAUACAUACUUUUACAAGUUACUAAAAACCGAAGUGCGAAAGAUAUUUGGGAGGCUUUACGAGUAAGAUUUCUUGGUGCUGAUAGGGUUCAAAAGGCUCGAUUUGCUACGUUAAUGAGAGAAUUCGAGCAGCUUCGAAUGAAAGAGACAGAUUCUAUAAAAAACUUUGCUGGAAAGAUAAGCGGAUUUGUUAUAAGAUAUAGCGGUCUUGGGUUAAGUCUUGAUGAUGAAGCGAUAGUUCGAAAGUUAUUAGAUUCUGUACCAAAGAAGUAUCUUCAAAUUGUUGCUUCUAUUGAGCAGUAUUCGGAUAUCGAGAGCAUGCCAUUUGAAGAAGCAAUAGGCAGGUUGAAGGCCUAUGAGGAACGAAUCAAAGAGCGAGACGAGACGGGUGAUAAUGAUCAAAGUAAGGUGUUAUUAUCUAAACCUGAUGGUCAUAGUUCUAAUACCGGUGGACAAGACUCUAAAACCGAUGGUCAAGAGAAGGAGGAAGAGCGCGGUUGUAAGUGUUGUGGACGAGGGUGGUCUAGCCAAAGUGAUCGUGGGAGAGGUCGUGGCCGUGGUCGAGGAGGAUGA